GGCGACAUUUAACAGAAGCCAGUGGACGUAAUGGGCCUGAUGCCGAUAUCGGCCUCCAGGCAGGCCUGUCAGCAUAGCUUUGAAUACUGACAGAAUCUGUUGAUUUCGGCAAUAAUGAUGUCUCGGCACCGGUGCUAUGUAGAUACUCUAUUUUGAGACAAUUUGAGUGUGUAUUCCUCAAGCAGAUUCUGUGAUAUACGUGCAAUCUUUCCAGGGUAGGAAACUCAGCCAUUUGAAUUCCUUCUGAAAGCUGUUAUCCAAAGAUCUUUCAUCUUGCCUUGCAGUAUAAUCAACCUGAUCCUGUUAUAAGGGUUUAAAUUCCAUUGCCAAAUCGGAAGAUAUUAGCACUGCCUUUCAUAUCUAAUCUCAGAACCAUAAUCAACAGUCAUUAAGAGAUUUCUUGAUCUGCUCGCCAUUGUAUUUUUUGUUGUGCAAAGAUCUCGUGGGUCCAUGCCAUAUUCUUUCAACAUUUCAUUAUUUUUGUCUAGUUCAGAACAAUGCAAAUUGAACCUUGCUUUAAGGUUGUGUUGUAAAGAUUGCAUUCCAAAUUGAGGGCAAGCACAUUGAAGCAUUCUCUAGCUAAGACAAAUCAGUCAAAGUGCCUAGCUCUCAGGAAAUGGGAGUUACUGAAUCCUUCCAACAAAGAGGGAAGCUUACUACUUGUUUUCACAAUAGCUGAUUGAACAAAUUACAAUUAACUCAAGAUCAAUCAUCGCUUGCUACAAACUACUCAUUGCUCCUUAUCAACGAAGUACUCACCAAACCACGAUUCCCCCCCCUGAGCUGGUCACAAAGACAUGCAAGAAGGGGGUAAAAAGACUGGUAAUCAAUGGGCGUCUUCAGCGUCAGCAGCAGUGGGACUUGGUUGGUGUGAAGAAGAUGAUGGUGGAUGGCGUGAGGGACCACCUGCUACGGGUAGUGGUUGGACAGAUCCAAGUCCAGCUGCAAACGACAGAGGUCAGAAUAUAGGAACCUGGCACAAUCCUUCCAAGGACUGUGAGUGGAGCCAAAGCUCAAGUGUUAAUAGUGUCAUUGUGGAUUCCUCAGAUAAAGAAGCUUGGCCGUCCAUUGGGAACUCUGAAACUGCGGGCUCUGAUGCAGGAGAUGAUGCUGCAUCUGUCAAGUCCGGAUCUGUGAUAUCUAGCUCAAGUAGCCAUGGUCAAAAUCAGGAGACCAAUCAGGGGUUAAGUGCCAUGCAGAGUCAAAGUGCUUCCAAUCCAUGGGGAGCCAAUUCCACACUUGGUGGACUUGAAUCAAAUCCUUGGGGGAUCAGGGAUCCUCCAAAUUCCUCUGCUGCCAAUAUGAAUCCUAUGAAUUGGGGUUCAAGUAAUCCGCAUCCAAGUCUUUCUAUGAACAACCAAGGACAUAAUAUGCAAGUUGGUACCAGCAUGGCUGGUAGUGAUAACCUAUCAAAUUCUAUGAACUCAAACUCCUCCACUUCCCGUUCAGGAUGGGGGAUGGGUGCCCCAGGCCAGGGUAGCCCAAGACCACAGAAUUCCAUGCAAAUGCAAACCUCAAAUGGCAACAAUAUGCAUGGUUUGAUGCUUAGCGGUAGCGGUGCUCAACAAAGUGGACCUCCAGUGAGUGGCAAUCAGACAGGGCCUUCAAAUAAUCAAACUCCAUGGCAGGGUAGUAGUGGGUCUGGCAUGUUUGGUGGCAUGACUACGUAUUCCAAACCCCACGAGUCUGGCUGGAAUAAUCCAACAAGUGCUGUGAUGAACAAUUGUGGGAAAGAAAACAGUGGCAAUAAUGGUGGCCCGGAAGGUGCGGGCAAUGGCUCUAGCAUGUGGGGCACACCAGAUGCGGCUCCUAAGUCUGGCUUUUUGGGAAGUAGUGGGUGGGGAGAGUCCCUACCUCCCACUCCACAGUCAGCAACCCAGUGGGAUAAUAAUUCUAAGUCACAAUGGGGGGACAACCCCAAUGGUGCAGCCAAUAGUCAGGGAUCAGGCAAUACAACUGAGUUCAUAUCAUGGGCUCAAGCUGCAUGCAAGGGCUUAACCCCAGGCAGCAGCAAUUCAGGGACCGGGCAACCCUCUGCUGCUGAUGCAGCAGGCCAAUCAGGACAAGUUGCUGAUGAUUUCAUAAGACAAGCCAUUGAGAACCAUGAUGGGUGGGGGGCAAAACCUGUCAAACAGGAUACAGCCUGGGAUGUCUCAGAAUCACCAAAGACCAAACGCAAAUUUUCUACUGAUAGUGGUGGUGGAGCUUCCAAUGUGUGGAACAAUAAUAAUGGAACGGCAAUCUGGGAAGCUAGUCGUGACAGUAGCUCUGGAGGUAAUGGAGGAAAUGGUGGCAAUGGUGGUGGCAGCGGAGGUGGUGGGUGGAAUGGAGCUUCAGGUGGAUCUCAGUGGCAAAAUGAGAAUGAUUCCAAUACUUGGAAUGGCCCACCAAACAAGCCUGGAGCUGAUAACCAAUGGGGUGGUAAUGGAGGAAGCAGUGUUGGCAGUGGUGUAGGUGUUGGUCCAAAUGGUGGAACUGGUGGUCUUGGUGGCCUUGGUGGAAACAGUGCUGGCAAUGUUGGAGUUGGUGGAAAUGGUGCUGGCAAUGUAGGAGGCAACGGAGGUGGAAGUUCCGACAAAACCAUUGGUACCUGGGGGGGAGGCUCUGAAACCUCAAGCAUGUGGGGUAACAAGACUGAAACAGGAUCUUGGGGAUCUUCCGGUCAGGAUCGCGAUCGUGGAUCUGGGUCCCAGUGGGGAGACAAUCAAGAUUCUCAAGGAGGCUGGGAAGAUGCAGCAAUGCAGCGUCGACGUGUUGAUAAUGGUACAGGUUACUGGGGUGAGCCACAGAUGCCGCGCCCACAAGGUUGGAACAGUCAACCAAGUACCCCAGCAACUCCACUAACCCCACGGCCCAAGCCUGAACAGCCCGAGUCUUGGAACAAAGGAGCACCGGUACCGGUCCAGCAACCACCUACAGGCUCUGGAAUGGGCGGUGGAGGAAUGGGCGGUGGAGGAAUGGGCGCUGGAGGAAUGGGUGCUGGAGGAAUGAGUGGUGGAGGUGGAAAUGUAGGAGUUGGCAACCCACCAAAGGCCUCUGGAUGGGGAGACCUCUCCAACUCCAACAUGAAGGUUGAUGAUGGAACCAGUAUUUGGGCAGCCAAUGCCCAGCAGCAGGCCCGAGCUGGAGGUUGGGGUGACCCAGGGAGUCAGUGGAAUCCCACGCCUGGUGCCAAGCCAAAAUCCCUAUCUACCUCGAGUUGGAGUGGAGAUGGCGGCGGCGACCAGAGCUGGAACUUGAGAAAGCCGGGCUGGCCAGAUGAGAAUGCAAGCAAUUCAGGCAAUGUGUGGGGUGGUGAAACGGAGGUGGGAUAUUGGAAUGACAUUUCACAAGAAAAUAGUACAUGGAGCAGUGCCCCUGGCUGGAAAACCAAAAAGAAUCUGGUGAAGGGUCCUAACAAAUUCCCCACUGGCAACAAUCAUCAUCCCCAGAUGAGAAGUAAAUUACUACAACAGCUGAUGGACAUGGGUUUCAAAAAGGAAGAAGCUCAGAAUGCCUUGAUUAGCAAUAACAUGAAUGUUGAAAGUGCCCUGGCUGAUCUUAUGGCCACCAAGAAGGAUGCUGACAUGGAUGUGUUCAUGUCUAAUAGUGCAAAACCCAGAAUGCCUGGCAUGAUGCCUGACAAUGCCAUGGUUAACGAUGACAUAUCAGAUACUCAGUCUGAGAGCAAUCCACAUGUGCCUAACAUUAACAUGCAAAAUACUCCCUUUCAAAAUGCUCAAGUACCAAAUCAGCCAUUUGUGACCAUAUAUGACCGGUCUAAAUCGGGACCUAGUCUGCCCCCAUCUAGUCUGAAUCCAAAUAACCCCAGUAUUAAUCCACAAUCAUUGCAACAAAAACUCAUGCAGCAUAAGCGUCAACAACAGCAACAGAACCAGUCUAUGAAUUCAAUGAGUCCCACCCAAGGUCCUCUGACCCGAGGACAGCUGCCGAACACACAGGUGAUGCAGCAACAGAUGGCGCAGCAGCAGAUCCUGCAACAGCUGCGACUGGCGGUCCAGUCUGGCCUCAUUAGCCCUCAGCUCUUGAACCAGCAACUGCCACACAACAUCCUGGUGCUCCUGCAACAACUGCUGCAACUGCAGAAUGUUCUGCAGCAGCUUGUUACCAAGCAACAGUUCCUCCAACAGAACAAGAUGAUGAACAUGAUUCAACGGCAACAGGUGGAACAGCUGGCAGUCAUGAUCAACAAUAUCAAACAGCAGAUACUGCAGCUGCAGAAGCAGCUUUCUCAGGCACAGCAGAUCCUGCUCAAAAACCCUGGUGGGGCUGUAGGGGCUGGAGGUCCCAUGGCUCAAGCUCCAGCAGCAGGCCCACAUAUUCAAGACUCAGUUGAUAACAUGAUGCCCAUACAGAAUGAACUCGAGAAACUUGCCAUUAAUCCACCUCAAUUGCAACAAACGUCCCGCCUUAACCAGUGGAAGCGCCAAACCCCUGACAAAGAAACCGCUGGUGAAGUUGGAGAAAACCUCAAUAAAGCUGUUGGAAGCAAACCUCUCCAGCAGUCACAAAGUGGCCCACCUCUGGGGCCAUUCUCUGAUCUCAGUGGCCUAAAUAUCAGUGGUGAUACUACUUGGUCUACACAAGCAACCACCUCGUCUCAAAAUUGGCCUUCUACUAGUUCUGGUGGAACCACUUCACAAGCCGAGACAAAAGAGAGCUCUGAAAACAAAGAAUCUCACCCACCAAUUACCACAUCCAGCACUCCGACAAUCAGUAUGACUGACAUCAUCCCUGAGUUUGUUCCUGGCAAACCAUGGCAGGGGCUUACUAAGAGUGUUGAAGAUGACCCUCAUAUCACACCAGGAAGUAUAUCCCGGUCACUAAGUGUCAAUGUUGUGAAGGAUGACUACCUGAAUAACUUGGCGACAAGCAUCAAGACCAGCCCAAUAGUGGCUGCUGACUCGUCCACCACUUGGAGCAUGAAAGGAAGCCACAUCUCCACCACAAGUUCGUCCAAACCCUGGUCCACAUCUGAAUCAACAACGCCCUCCAUGUCUGAUGUAUGGAGCAUGCCUCCAAAGAAUCGCCCUCCUCCUGGCCUCAUGGCGCACAAGACCCACCACUGGCCUGCUGGUGUCAACAGACAGAACUCCUGGGCUGGCAGGACAGACAACUCGGCAUUUACCCCAGUGAACGCUCAAGGUUGGGAUGGGAGAGCCCCUAAUACCUCCACUUGGCUGGUCCUAAGGAACCUCACUCCACAGAUUGAUGGUUCCACGCUUCGUACACUGUGCCAACAACAUGGCCCACUGCGUCUGUUCCACCUUAAUCUCAGUCAAGGACAGGCAGUGGUCUGCUACAAUUCCAAGGAUGAAGCCUUUAAAGCUCAAAAAAGCCUUAAUACUUGCGUUCUUGGCAACACCACCAUUCUGGCUGAAUUCUUGUCUGACCAAGAGUGUGCUCAUUUCCUGGAUCAGCACAGUAAUUCAUCCAACAACCCUAGUCAGUGGUCACAAGGCCAACAGGUGUCCAACUUCCAGCCAAUGCAGCAAGCACCCCCUGGCCAGCCUGCCGCACAACGCUCCACACAGCCGUCCUCAGCUGCUAACCCUGGGUACUACCGCAGCGAGUCCACCACUCCGUGGAGUGCCAUGCCAAGUCGUGGAGGCAUGGGAGGGAGCCAGCCCGGUCCCGGCAACAUGUGGAGCUCAAGCUUGUGGGGGGGGGAGGGGCAGUAGAGGAUCAUAAUUCCAACCCUUUCCUUAGCAAUAUAUUGGGAGGGGAAUCCAUGUAAAUAUCAAACAAAUCUUUAAUAUAUAUAGAGAUAUAUUAUUACACUGAAACCUGCCAUAACCAAAUCUAAUCUGGGACCUCUACCAAGAUUUUUGUCAAUUCACUGGUUGUUGGUAGUCUGUUUAAAUGAAUAAAUGUUGAUGACUCGUGAUAUGGUCAGUAUUCCAGUAGUGUGUUUCCAGGACAAUCAAAUAUGGGUUGGGCAGGUUUCUGGCUUGUUUGUUGACAUGGUUUCCCAGUUUCCCAUCAUGUGAUUGAUCUCUUGUUGUACGCGGGUUAGCUAGCUAAUGCAGGUGGGUGCCGUCGCCAACGACGCAAGUUAGUUACUGCUUCUAUGUGUUCCAUGGACCAUCACUUGUGCUCUGAGAGCUGUUACCCUGCUGCCUACCCUCCCUAGUGCUAAACAGCGUGCAAUUAGUGGUGCUCACUGCUUCAAGUAUAGCACAGAGUUUAUUUUUUGUACUUCAGGUGAAGUAUUAAGUCUUUCAGAAUUCCCAAAUUGUCUUGUCAUGUGGGUAUACAGCCUCAGCAAGCAAGUGGGCCUACUAAUAAUUGGGCUGGAGGGAGGGCGGGGGAAAGGGAGGGUUCAAAGCCUUUUAUACAAGUUAACCUCAAGUCUAUUUGUGAAUGUAUGAAAAUACUGUUUAUGUAUAGGCCAUUCAUGACUGAUGUCAAAUCGAAUCUUACUUGUAAUGCAGCAACAAUGAGUGCAAAUAUGUUUUCCUUUAAUUACACUUGAUUGGUGGUGUAAUAUUUUUUUUCUUGUUUGAAUUGGAAUCUGUCAGUUGGCAGGAAAAAUACAACCUGUGAUACUGAAGUCUCAUAUGUGUGUCUGUUGUCCAGUUGUGUGAUUGAAUCAGGAUAGAAGUGCAUUCUAGUGCUGUUGAUAAUUCUUCCAAGAAAUAAAUGAUAUUGGGCAUAACGAAUCAUCUUGGAUGAUUGAUUGGGUUAGCCAUUUUAUAUAAUAUGCCACCUGAACUGCUGUAUUGUCUGUAAUAGUCCUUAUUCCCGCCCAUACUUGGAGAAAAAAAAGAAAAAAAAACAUGAAAAAAACCCAAACAAAAACAAAUAAAAAAUCAAAUGAAAAAAAGUAUUAAAAAAAAAACAAAAGAAAAAGACCAAAAAAAAAAAAUACCUCCCAAAAAUAGAAAACAAAUGUGCAUCCUAAAUCCACAAAUUUAAUUUAAGAUUUUUAAUUAUUUGUCCUUAAUAUUAUCAGUGAUCUGGCAUUUAUGGGCUUGAGAGUCCAGCACGCCGUGGCAGCAGGUAGACACAGGAUGCAGUGCAAAAACAGAAAUACUUAAGAGACAAAAAAAAAGAAAAAAAAGAAAUACAAAGAAAAGAAAGAAAAAAAAAAAGAAAAAAAACAACAAAAAAUGAAAAAACCCUAACAAAACCAAAAAAAAAAUAUAAAGAAAAAAAACAUAAAAAAAAAAUGACUGUAUCUAUAUAAAUGCUAUAUAAGCACACUGUGAUUACUUCCAGGCAGGGCACCGUGUGUUCCAAAGUGCUGCUAUUACAGACAGUAUGGUUCUUUAUUAUAAUUAUUAUUAAUGUAUGAUGCCUCUUGUGUUUUCCGAACUCAGUACUUACUGCAUUUUUAUUGUGACCAAGAAGAGAUAUAGAUCACAAUCUGCCAAAGCACAGGUAUCCUAGGAUUGGGCAGCUUUUAUCAGUACAAGUGAUAGGAGAAUUUUUGACAUGACAUGUAUAUUGUGCUCGUAGCUUGCUUGAAUUGUAUUCUGAAUAAAGUCUUUAUUCAA